GAUUUCACAGCUUCACCAUUUCCUUCUUCUCAUCACCACAAAGAGGGAAACUCAUACCGAAUCUUCCACCUUUUCCUUCUUCCACUGUUGUCUCAAAACUCUCUUUCUUCUUUGAUUUUGGUUUGCUUCCAUUUUUAAGUUGCUUAACAACAUGGCUUCAUAUACUCCAAAGAAUAUCCUCAUUACUGGUGCGGCUGGAUUUAUUGCGUCUCAUGUUGCGAAUCGGCUUGUUCGGAGCUAUCCUGACUACAAAAUUGUUGUGCUUGACAAACUCGAUUAUUGUUCUAAUCUAAAGAACCUCCUUCCUUCUAAAUCCUCUCCCAACUUCAAGUUUGUGAAGGGGGAUAUUGGUAGUGCUGAUCUUGUGAACUACCUUCUCAUAACCGAGUCCAUUGACACUAUCAUGCACUUUGCUGCUCAAACCCACGUUGAUAACUCGUUUGGUAAUAGCUUUGAGUUCACCAAGAACAACAUAUAUGGAACUCAUGUCCUACUUGAAGCCUGCAAAGUAACUGGCCAGAUCAGAAGGUUCAUCCAUGUGAGCACUGAUGAGGUCUAUGGAGAGACGGAUGAGGAUGCUGUGGUUGGAAACCACGAGGCUUCUCAACUUCUUCCAACAAACCCAUACUCUGCAACAAAAGCGGGGGCAGAAAUGCUUGUGAUGGCAUAUGGUAGGUCAUAUGGGUUACCUGUUAUCACGACUCGUGGAAACAAUGUUUAUGGGCCCAAUCAAUUUCCGGAGAAGUUAAUCCCCAAGUUCAUCCUCUUGGCUAUGCAGGGAAAGAAUCUUCCAAUUCAUGGGGAUGGUUCUAAUGUAAGGAGUUAUUUAUAUUGUGAAGAUGUUGCGGAGGCUUUUGAAGUCAUCCUUCACAAGGGAGAGGUUGGCCAUGUUUACAAUAUUGGGACAAAGAAGGAAAGGAGAGUUAUUGAUGUAGCCAAAGAUAUAUGCAAACUUUUCUCAUUGGACACAGAAACUAUGAUAAAAUUUGUAGAGAACAGACCAUUUAAUGACCAGAGAUACUUUCUGGAUGACCAAAAGCUGAAGAACUUGGGUUGGUCUGAGAGGACCACUUGGGAAGAGGGCUUGAGAAAAACCAUGGAUUGGUAUAUCAAUAAUCCUGAUUGGUGGGGUGAUGUCACUGGGGCAUUGCUUCCUCAUCCAAGGAUGCUGAUGAUGCCUGGUGGGAUGGAAAGGCAUUACGAAGGAUCUGAAGAGGUAAAACCUGCAUCCUUUGGCUCCACUAAUACCAAGAUGGUGGUUCCAUCAUCCAAGAACAGUGGCUCUCAGCAGAAACAUCCAUUUAAGUUCUUGAUCUUUGGUAGAACAGGUUGGAUUGGAGGUUUGCUGGGAAAAUUGUGUGAAAAGCAAGGAAUUCCAUAUGAAUAUGGAAAGGGACGCUUAGAGGAUCGCUCCUCACUUUUGGCUGAUAUUCAGAAUGUGAAGCCAACCCAUGUUUUUAAUGCUGCAGGAGUGACUGGCAGACCCAAUGUUGAUUGGUGUGAAUCUCAUAAAACAGAAACCAUUCGCACCAACGUCGCAGGUACCUUAACAUUGGCUGAUGUUUGCAGAGAGCAUGGUAUCUUGAUGAUAAAUUAUGCUACUGGGUGCAUAUUUGAGUAUGAUGCAACACAUCCUGAAGGCUCUGGCAUUGGUUUUAAGGAGGAAGACAAGCCCAAUUUCAUUGGCUCUUUCUAUUCAAAAACUAAAGCUAUGGUUGAGGAGCUAUUGAGAGAAUAUGACAAUGUAUGCACCCUCAGGGUUCGCAUGCCAAUUUCAUCUGACCUGAGCAACCCACGCAACUUCAUUACAAAGAUUUCUCGUUAUAACAAAGUAGUUAACAUUCCAAACAGCAUGACUAUUUUGGAUGAACUUUUGCCUAUUUCAAUUGAGAUGGCUAAGAGGAACUUGAAGGGAAUCUGGAACUUCACAAAUCCUGGAGUUGUGAGCCACAAUGAGAUCCUUGAGAUGUAUAGGGAUUACAUUGACCCCAACUUUAAGUGGGCUAACUUCACACUUGAAGAGCAAGCCAAGGUGAUUGUUGCUCCCCGAAGCAAUAAUGAGAUGGAUGCAUCCAAGUUGAAGAAGGAAUUCCCAGAAUUGCUUUCCAUCAAGGAAUCACUAAUCAAAUAUGUUUUUGUGCCAAACAAGAAAUAAACAGCUCUUUUGUUGAUCAGACAUGGCAGCAGUAAUGUGCUCAGGCUACUUAGAUCACUCAUUAUUCCAUUGUUAAAUUCCAUUCAGUUAAUGUGUCUAGAAGGUGGAUAGCAUUUCAAUUGGGUUAAGAAUGUUUCCUAAGUUUUCAGUUCCACAAUUUUAUUCAAGUUCUCAAGUGUCUGUCCUCUUGUACUGGCAGAUUUAGAUAGAUGCCUUUUGUGGUUAUUUACAAGCUUGGGAUGGGCGACUUUUGUAUCAAGUAACGCUUGUAUUCUUUUAUUGCUCAUCUAGAAUGAAAUAUUAAAAUAAGAGAAGUUAUUAUAAUUUUUGUCAUUAUCCAGAUGUACUUAGAUAUUUAUAUGCCACAUUGAAAUUUUGGAAUAAGAGCUGUUAAUUAUAUUUUAAACAAAGAAAAUGGUAAU